CUCUCUCUCUCUCACACACACACACACACUCAUGCACGCGUGCGCGCACACAGACCUGAGCCACUGAUGAGAUGAUUAGGUGCCGUUCGUUCUCAGCAGAUAGCGUCGCCGCAAACUGUACUUCGACCCUACAGCAAAUCCGAACGUGGGAAGUGAGAACAUGUCAGCCAAAACAGCAAGGUUCUGCGGACAGGCUUUAAAGGGGCCAGUGAGAGAUGGGUGAGCGACUCCCUUCGAUCUGGUUAGUUGGAGCUGGGACCUGGCCAGUUGACAAGACUUGCGUACAGUGCGAGGUGUAAAUGCCCUUUCCCAGCUCCGUAUGGCAGCUGCACUUGUACAGACAAUUAGUCCUCCGUCGGUGACCACAUACAUCGGACUGGAUCAUAACAGGUUUCCUUAAAGCGAAAUUCAGCCGAGCGGAACGGGGAAAGGACAGCGCGGACCCACCGCCUCCAGCCACUCUCAGGCCACAGAAAAUUCAGAGCUCGGCGCUUUCUCACCCAAUUUAAGGAUGACGGCAGCACAGGAAGGUGAGGCCGGGACCUUUCUCUUACUGGCGACCUACAUCGGCGUGGAGGUGCUGAUCGCUAUGGCCUCCGUCCUGGGCAACGUGUUGGUGUGCUGGGCGGUCUGGAUCAACCGGGCGCUCCGAGAGACCACCUUCUGCUUCGUGGUGUCGCUGGCCCUGGCCGACAUCGCCGUGGGCACGCUGGUAAUCCCCUUGGCCAUCACUAUCAGCAUCGGGCUGGAGACCCACUUCUACAGCUGCCUCCUCUUCUCCUGUACCGUCCUGGUGCUGACCCAGAGCUCCAUCCUUGCGCUCCUGGCCAUCGCCAUUGAUCGAUACCUUCGAGUCAGGGUGCCCACCAGUUACAAGAGUAUUGUUACACAGAAACGAGCUGGAACUGCUGUUUUUCUAUGCUGGGCCAUAUCUAUAAUUGUUGGCAUGACUCCUAUGUUCGGAUGGAACAAGUAUACUGAAGUAAUCCAAGAAGGGGUGAACUCUACUCUUGCAAACAAUAUCAUUGUGUGCCAGUUUGAAACUGUAAUCAGCAUGGACUAUAUGGUCUACUUCAACUUUUUUGGCUGGGUGCUGCUUCCUCUUAUACUGAUCUUUGUGAUCUAUGUGGAAAUAUUUAAUCUUAUACGGAAACAUCUGAACCAGAACAUCUCAAUCAACAAUGCUGAUCCACACAGGUACUUUGGGAAGGAACUAAAACUCGCCAAGUCAUUGGCGCUCGUAUUGUUCUUAUUUGCAAUAUGUUGGCUUCCUCUGCACAUCAUCAAUUGUAUUACACUCUUCUGUCCUUCAUGCGACAAACCACCUAUAAUAAUGUACAUUGCCAUCUUUCUAACCCAUGCAAACUCUGCUGUAAAUCCCAUUGUGUACGCUUUCAAGAUAAAUAAGUUCCGAGUAACUUUUCUCCAGAUAUGGAGCCACUACAUUUGCUGUAAUAGAGACCACAAUACAAAUAAUUUAAGCAGAGAACAAUUAAGAGGUAUAAGAGAACAAAGUAUUAUGUAACUUACUGUAGAUACUAGAAGUAAUUGUCCUGGAUAAUCAAUAAGAUCAUUAUCGAUGCUGAUAUCCUUAUACCACUAUGGAGAACAUUCAAGGACCAUCAGAAUACUCUGCAAAAAGUAAAAAAUACAAAACAACCACCAUCAGCAGCCACCUACUCUGGCAAAGAUCCUUUGUUUUCAUUGCUUAAAGCAUACAUGGUGAAGCUUUAACCACUCUUUAUUCCUCUUCUGGGUUUCCUUCGCGUUGUCCACUUUCCAUGUUCACACGUUCUCAGAUAUGAAGAAAGGUACUGAAUCACUAACCCAACACUUUGCUGGGCAACAGAGUGAAGACUUUGAAGGACACUGCAGUUUAAAUGCAAUGAAGAAGCCUUUAGCAGCAUGGGACCAAUUUAAAUCAAAACACUGAUGUAUUUAAAAAGGCAGAAAAGUUUAAGACGAUUGUUUGAAUCACUUUAAAGAAGAAGGUAGUCUGACAAUUUGCUCUAUACAAUUUACUUAGGUCUUGUGUAUUUUUUGACACUGUAAGAUAUAACCAGGAGGCCUUAACUUCAGUUGAAAAUAAGCAAACUAUUAAUGUUGCUUUUUAAUUGACAUCUGAAUCUAUGGUUGUGUUAGAAGACAGAAAUUUGUGCAUUCAUUGGUGAAUAUUAGUUGUGUGAAAUGCUAUGUAUGUUCCUCACAGCCUGCUACAGAGAUUGUAAAAUGCAACAUGUUUAUGAUCUUUGUUUAUAUCUAAUUUCAGCUUUUGCUGAAUUUAGGUGCAGUAAAGCAAAAGUGAAAAUGAAUCAUUUCCAUGGGUUUAGUAAAUGCUCAUCAUUAUUUCACAUCAUACAAGUGCUCCCAAUACGAUCAAUGAUUUACGGAAUGACCCCCAGUGGUUUUUCAUUCAUACUUUAACUGUGGGCAUGACAGCAAGGCCAAUCCUUAAUUCCAUUCUUUCUUCUUCUUGAGAAGACAUAAAGUACCUAUGAUUCCAACUGCUCCAAUUGUUGUGAAGAAGGUAUUCCUAUUGCAAUAUUAAGUAGAUGCUCCCUUGUAUUCACCCUUUGCAAUGCCAGAAAUUGAGAGACUAGAAAAAUUCCAAGGAAAAUAUUUACUCCCAAAGAGGAAUGGUAAAAAUGUGCUUAUUAUGAUUUUAGGAGGAGCAUUGCAGAUGAAAAUAUUUUUAAUAUUAAUAUUAGAAUGAAUAAUAUAUAUACGGAUGCUGCAAUAUAGAUAAUGGAAUGAUUGAUACUACGAUAAUGGUAAUGGAACUAUAGUGUUCAUUCUGAUACAAACAUUAAAAUUAUUAGUCGUCUUAGUACAGUUAAAUGAAAGAAUGUAAGAAAAAUGCUCAGGAUACUUGGGAUCAGAAAUAUAAAACUGCAAUGCAUGCAAGAGUGUCUGAUUAAAGAGAAAAUGUUCAUGAAUCAUGUUGCAAAAAUGUUAAAUACCCUCCUCUUCACAGAUGCUACCAGGUCAGUAAAAAUAUGUAUUACUUAACAAAUGGUGAUGCUGGAUUCAGGGGAGUCUCCUGAUGAAGGGUUUCAGCCUGAAACAUCGUCACUACCUCCUCCCAUAGAUGCUGUCUGGCCUGCUGAGUUCUGCCAGCAUUUUGUGUUUUUAUUUAUUUCCAGCAUCUGCAGAUUCACUCAUGUUGAGUCUGUUGAAUGUUAGUUUUUGUAAAAUCUGACCAUAAAUCCUACCAUAACUCCAAUUUAUAUUGUUUUACACAAAGAUCUCAAUGGGCACUCUUUCACAAUGAGGAUUGGUUUUACUUCUCAUGGCUUUAUGAUAAUUAUAUUUAAUUGAGUUUUUUUCUCUCCCUUUAUAUAUGUUGGUUUGAACCUCACCUUGUUACAGAUUAAAUUGAAAGGUGCUAUUUGUAGCAACAGUUCACAAACAGAAAAAUCAGCUCCUUGCUAGUACAAAGGGAAAGGUAAAAGUACCCUGAGAGGAAAGUUUCAAUUUGGAUCCUGAAUUAGUGCUCUUUUGUUGAGCUCAAUCCCAGCAUUAUGAAGGUGUUGCAAUUAGAGUCAGCAUCUCUCUAUAAAAGGGUCUACUUCUAAUUAUUAUCCAAUGAAUCAUUUUGACCCAGAGCCUUGUGUGGUUAAUGGGUGAGAGAAAAACUCGGCUUAGUUGUGGUGCCUUCCCAGUGAGAUAAUGGUCCAUUACUCUCACUCUAGGCCACAUGUGAAGGAUGACCAUUUAUUUGAGAUUGUUGGUGGCUCUUGCAGAUUAAUAUCUCAGGAUGCUCGAGGAAAGAGAUCUACCAUUCUGUAAUUGUGCCUCCUCCCAAGACAAGUUGAUGAAUUUCCAUUAGAAAUAAUUCAAGAGAGUGAAUAUGUUGAGGUCUGGGUUCACCAGAGAGUAUUCUAGAGAGGUAUUACACCAUCCUUAACAAUUCAAGUUAAAAUAUCCUGGUAAUUUUACAUUUUACAGAAGUCAAUAAACCAUCAAGCUAUGCAAGCUUAAAACAGCAUUUGUGCGCAUGGUGUACUUGCUAGGGAGGAUGGCAAAUCUAUUUCAUGUAUCAAUAAGCGUCACAAAGGUGCUUUAUUGCUGUGAGAACUACCUCCUUCAUUUCUCUAUUGUGGCUGUUGGGCAAAAGGAAGAUGAGAGCUAGAAGGACAAGUAAAGCAUUGUACAGUAAAUAUUGGUGUUCCCCAUAAUAUGACAUCACUUUGGUGACAUAAACUAAUCCGAUUGAUCUCCUCUGCAUUAAAGUCAUUCAAUUAUGGCAACAUGAUAAAUGAGCAAUUAUUGGCAUUUAUACAUUAAAAAUUGACAAUGCAUUUCCUCCUGCAAGUCCUGCUCCAGCAGAUUGUUUGAGAUCUCAGCACCUGCCAUCUCUCUCUCUCAAUUCUAUAAAAAUUUCUUUUAACAGGAUAAUCAUUUUCCUGAGAAAUCACAUCAUAUUUCAGAAUCUGAAUCAGCUUUAUUAUCCCUGACAUACGCUGUGAAAUGUGUUGUUUUGUGGAGCUAGUAUAGUGCAAGACAUAAAAAUUACCAUGUUAGAAAAAUAAAUAUAGGAAUAGUGUGAAAGAGAAAUAGUGAGAUAGUGUUCAUAGACCAUUCAGAAAUCCGAUGGCAAAAGGGAAGAGGCAGUUCCUAAAACAGAGUGUGAGUUUUCUAGCUCCUCUCCCUCCUCCCCAGUGGUAGUAACGAGAAGAGGGUGUGACCCAGAUGGUGAGGUUUCUGAAUGAUGGAUCCUACCUUUUUGAGGCAAGUGAGACAACCAGUAAGAGUAUUUUCCAUUGUUGGCUGUUGGAUCAAUACUGUUUCUAUAGCAUUAGAGGCUGGAUGUGACAGGAAGGAGCAACACACAGUCCACCAUUGGAACUUGACCAAGUAUAUCACCUGUAUUUUUUUCCAGUUUAUCUGCCUUCUUCAGGAAUCCAAUCCCUCCUAUCAAAUCCAUUUGAGAAUUUUAAUUUUUUUCUGUUAAACUCUUAGAAUGAAGUUUUAAUCAGAAUGACUGGAAGAAGAUAAUCUGUGAUUGUGAUAAAGCAAAUGCUGCUUCUUUGUUUAUUCUACUAAUCAACAAUUCUUCAAGUCAUAAAUGUCAGUGUCGGUUGGUAUGACUAAAUAUAGUCAGAGGAGGGAACGAGAACUUCACAUGAUAAUCUUAAGGUUAUAAUAAGAAUGAUUCACGAGUGAAUCCACACAAUGGUCAUUUUGAGCAACUAACUAGGCACAAGUAUAACCAUUGUUGUCAAUACAUACAAGGUACCUCAGCUGGAUCUUAACACAGAAUAAAAGCUUUGAAUUGGAUCUCUUUGGCAUAGCUAACUUGAAUGACUUACAUGAUAGAAAUUAACUGUUAAUUAAUUAAUCAGGAGAAAUGAGCAGCGUAUUGAAAUGUGGUCCUGAAGUUUAACUCUUUCAGUCUCGUCUCAGAAAAAGGUUUUGAAACAGUCUUUGAGCUGAGCUCUCAUUUUGUAACAUGUAUUGACUUUUCAUCACAUUACAUUGCUGAACUCUUCAUUAGGCCAUUUGAAUGUUCCCUUACUGUGUAUAAUAUUUUCCAUUUGAUACUGUUUAGUUAAAAAAAUGUAAUUCCCACAAAGCACAAAGGGAAAAGUGGCUCUAUACAAAUAAAAUAUUGUUCAAAUUACUUGGUGAAUGCAAACUUCAAGAGUCUGA